AUAAUUCAAUGUGUGGAAAGAACGGUCUUUUUAACAAGGGGGAUCGGAAACCUGAAUAUCUAUUUGCAAAAUAAUGAAGUUCAACUGCCUAUCUCAACCCAUAUAUCAAAAUUAAACAUGUUGUUUCAAAGAGUAAAAUCAAGAAAGUGAAAGCACACCCCUUCAAAGGGGGGAAGUAUUUGCAAAUCAUGUAUCUGAUAAGGGACUUCUGAAAGGAAUAUAUAACUUACAACUUGAUAAUAAAGACAAAUAGCCAAAAGAAAAAAUGGACAAAUAAUCUGACUAGACAUUUCCCCAAAGAAAGCAUACAAGUGGCCAAUGAACACAUGAAACAGAAUCAUUACCAUUCAUCAUCAAAAAUGUGUAAGUAAAAUCACUAGGAAAUACAACUUCACACUCACCUAGUUGACUAUAAUCAAGACAAAUAAUGGAAAGUGUCAAGAAAGUGGAGAAUCCAAGCUGAUAGUGGUAAAUUCAUUUGGGUGGAGAUAGCAAGAGUGAUGACACAAUGUAACCAACAUCACUGUAUUGUACACGUAAAAGUUGUGAAUGUGUGUAUGAUUUGCUGUGUCUAUAUUUUCUCCAGAACCCCUGGUGGUGAAGCAGAAAAAUAAAUAUUUUUAAAAAGAAUGUGGAGAAAAUGGAACCUUCUUGCAUGAACACAUGUGGAGGGAAAGGAUGGUAAGAGUGAGGGGUGAUUGGCAAAGGGCACAGGAUUUCUUUGUGGAGUGACAAAAAUGUUCUAACAUUAAUCAUGGUGAUGGUUGUACAACUCUGUGCAUGUACUAAAAACCAUAGAUUGGUACACAUUAAAAUUGAAGAAUUGUUUGCUUUGUGAAUUAUAUGUCAAUAAACAUUUUACCAGACACAAAAAGUCUUGAAUCAUGAUAUCCAAAAAAAUGUUGAUGCAAAUGUGUACUUACUUUGUCUUUAGUUCUGUGUCAAAAAGAUUGCAAUCACAAGUGGCCUCACACUCGCCAAUGUUCUUAACACUAUUCUAAAAUCAAUCAUAUAACAUGGGUGACUCUGAAAUAUUAGGUCACCCAUUCUUAGCUGUGUAAUAACACUGAUGAUAAAAGGGACCUUAAGUACCCUCAGGCAACCACAGGUCAUCUACACUUUGCUUUUUCCACUUGGCAUCCACAUGCUCUGACUAUUCAUGUUAUGUGUUUACUUUGAUGUGUAAGGGUUAUAUUUUAACUUCUUGAUUGAUUUCUCCUGGGAUAUAAGCAUGAGCAAUGGCAUAAGGGAACAGAUUUUUUUGAAAGAAAGAUAUUCAUUUAACCAAGAUGUCUACAAAAUGGAUUUCAGUUCUUCUGCUGAUACAACUGAGUUGUUGCUUUAGCUGUGGAACUUGUGGAAAAGUGCUGGUGUGGCCAACAGAAUAUAGUCAUUGGAUGAAUAUAAAGACAAUACUGGAUGAACUUAUUCAGAGGGGUCAUGAGGUGACUGUUCUAACAUCUUCAGCUUCCAUUCUUAUUGAUCCCAGCAAACCAUCUGCUAUUAAAUUUGAAGUGUAUCCUACAUCUCUUACUAAAGAUGAUUUUGAGUUUCUUAUCAUGAACGCUAUCAGGAAAUGGACAUACGAUAUGCCAAAGGAUACAUUUUGGACAUAUUUUUCAGUAUUACAAGAAAUCUUUUGGGAAUAUUCUGACUGCCUUGAAAGGCUUUGUAAAGAUGUAGUUUUUAACAAGAAACUUAUGAUGAAACUACAAGAAUCAAGGUUUGAUGUUGUUCUUGCAGAUGCUAUUGGCCCUUGUGGUGAGCUGUUGGCGGAGCUACUUAAAAUACCCCUUGUGUAUAGUGUCCGGUUCACUUUUGGCUAUACAAUUGAAAAGUACAGUGGAGGACUUUUAUCCCCUCCUUCUUACGUACCUGUUGUUAUGUCAGAAUUACCUGAUCGAAUGACAUUCAUGGAGAGGGUAAAAAAUAUGAUAUAUGUGCUUUAUUUUGACUUUUGGUUCCAGACAUUUAAUGAGAAGAAGUGGAAUCAGUUUUACAGUGAAACACUAGGAAGACCAACUACAUUAUCUGAGACAAUGGGGAAAGCUGAAAUAUGGCUCAUUCGCAACUAUUGGGAUUUUCAAUUUCCUCGCCCUUUUUUGCCACAUUUUCAAUUUGUUGGAGGGCUCCACUGCAAACCUGCCAAUCCCUUGCCUAAGGAAAUAGAAGAGUUUGUCCAGAGCUCUGGAAAACACGGUGUGGUGGUGUUUACUCUUGGGUCAAUGGUCAGUAACAUCACAGAAGAAAGGGCCAAUACGAUUGCAUCAGCCCUUGCCCAGAUUCCACAAAAGGUGCUGUGGCGAUUUGAUGGCAAGAAACCAGAUACCUUAGGACCCAAUACUCGACUCUUCAAGUGGAUUCCCCAGAAUGACCUUCUUGGUCACCCAAAGACCAAAGCUUUUAUAACUCAUGGUGGAGCCAAUGGCAUCUAUGAGGCUAUCUACCAUGGGGUCCCUAUGGUGGGCAUUCCCUUGUUUGCUGAUCAACCUGACAACAUUGCUCACAUGAAGGUCAAGGGGGCAGCAGUGAGUCUGGACAUGGACACAAUGACAAGUAUAGAUUUGCUCAAUGCUUUGAAGACAGUCAUCUAUGACCCAUCCUAUAAAGCGAACGCUAUGAGGUUAUCAGCCAUUCAGCAUGAUCAGCCUGUUAAGCCCCUGGAUAGAGCCACCUUCUGGAUCGAGUUUGUCAUGCGCCACAAAGGAGCCAAACACCUUCGCCCAGCCGCCCUCAGCCUCACCUGGUACCAGUACCACUCUUUGGAUGUGAUUGGGUUUCUACUGGCUUGUGUGGCAAUUGUUAGUUUUCUUGUCAUAAAAUGUUGUUUGUUUGGUUUUCAAAAGUUUUUUAAGAUGGGAAAGAAGAAAAAGAGGGAGUAGGCCUCUUUAAGCAAAAGACUAACAGGCAUGAUAAUUGAGAGUGUUAUAUUUCAUUCAACCAUUAUGGUUCAAGUUGUGGAAAGAUUCUGCUCCAUAUUUUGUAAGAGCUGAGCCUUUUCUGAUUUCCGAAGAUAUGUUACUCUUGGUUUAUUGUUCUGGUUGGUGUUUGUUAAUUCUUCCCUAAGGAAGAAUAAUCUUGAGUGAUUUUAAAUAAAUUUCUACUCAGUAUUCCUCUUGAAAUAGUUCCAGCCAUCAGGUGGAUUAUAUUCAAGGUAUUAUUCUCAUCUGGUAAAUUGUGAAACAAUUCUAUGUUUGUGAUGAGUUAUGCACAUUUUUAUAACCAGAAAACAACAUGAAACUCACUGGAACUGCAACCUGUUGAUGGUAAAAGAUCAGGAAGCUUGAUGUUUUCACUGUGCAUUUUCAGAAACAUUUUCUAUAUAAAUGAUGUGCAUUCAUACAAAUAUAUGUAUGCCUCAUGAACCAUAAAGUAUUUCUUCCUGAAAUUUUUCUUUCUUUCAGAAAUUCUGAGUGGUUUUAAGUGGUUUCCUUCCUAAAAGUAUGUAAUACUAUGAAGUCUUUGAUUGGAAAGAGUAAAAAUAUUUUCCACACUGCCCUUGAAUAUGCUUGAGUUAUUGUUUUCCCUUUAUUGAAAGAUCCUUUGCAAUUUUAUAGUAAAAACCAAAAAAAUCCCACACACAGAAUGACAGAAUUAAAGCAACUUUCUUCACCUUUACCAUCUGUGUGCUACUUUUGCUUAUUUCCAUCUAAUGUUUAA